AUGACCAGCACCCUAGAAGCUGCCCUUGCACUCUGCGUCGUGGUCCGAAUGCGGGUUGGAAAAGAAUUUCCAGACACAAUGCGGAAUCCCCUGCUGAGACCUUCAGGACUGUGUGUCACCUGCAGUGUCAGUAAAACCAGCUGCUUCAAGUCACUGCAGUCAGAUUCAAAAUGGACGGAGGAUAAGAAGCGUGUUUCUCUGCUCUCUGAUUUCAUGAAAGGGGGACAUGAGAUGUUUUCUACAGUCCCUGCUAUCCCCUUGGCCAAAAGAGAUGCUUGGCCAAAGGAUGUGGGCAUCCUUGCCCUGGAGGUCUAUUUCCCAGCCCAUUGUGUGGACCAAACAGACAGGGAGAAGCUUAACAAUGUGGAGGCAGGGAAGUACACAGUGGGCAUGGACCAAACCCAGAUGGGCUUCUGCUCAGUCCAGGAGAGCAUCAACUCCCUGUGCCUGACAGUGGUGCAGCAGUUGAUGGAGCACACGCAGCUCCCAUGGGAAUCUGGGGGCCGGCUGGAAGUGGGCACUGAGACCAUCAUCAACAAGUCCAAGGCUGUCAAAACAGUGCUCAAGGAGCUCUUCCAGGAUUCAGGCAACACUGACAUUGAGGGCAUAGAUACCACCAGUGCCUGCUACGGUGACACUGCCUCUCUAUUCAGUGUUGCCAACUGGGUGGAGUCCAGCUCCUGGGAUGGUACUCACUAUGCCCUGGUGGUCUGUGGAGACAUCGCAGUGUACUCCAGUGGUAAUAUUCACCCCACAGGCAGGGCUGGAGCUGUGGCAAUGCUGGUUGGGCCCAAGGGCCCUCUAGCCCUCGAGAGAGGGCUUAGAGCAACCCACAUGGAGAAUGUAUAUGACUUCUACAAAGCAGAUAUGACUUCAGAGUGCCCACAAUUGGAUGGGAAGCUGUCCAUCCAGCGCUACUUACGGGCCCUGGACCGAUGCUACAUGUUAUACCAUCAAAAGAUGCACGAGUGGGAGCAAGCUGGCAUCGAUCGACAUUUCACUCCUGAUGACUUACAGUUUGUGAUCUUUCACACACCCUUCUGCAAGAGGGUCCAGAAAUCCCUGGCUCACCUGGUGUUCAAUGACUUUCUCUUAGCCAGUGGCAACACACAGACCGACCUCUAUAAGAGGCUGGAAGCCUUCAGGGAGCUAAAGCUGGAAGACACCUACACCGAUAAGGACGUAGCAAAAGCAUUUCAAAAGGCCUCUCUAGACAUGUUCAACAAGAAGAGCAAGGCGUCCCUCUACCUCUCCACACACAACGGGAAUAUGUACACUUCAUCCCUGGUGGAGGGAUGCCUGGCCUCACUUCUGCUCCAUCACUCUGCCCAGGACUUGGCUGGCUCCAGGACUGGUGCCUUCUCUUAUGGCUCUGGCUUAGCGGAAAGUUUCUUUUCAUUUCGGGUGCCCCAGGAUGCUUCUCCAGGUGCCCCACCGGAGAAGCUGGUAUCCAGUACAUCAGACCUGCCAAAAUGUCUCACCUCCCGGAAGCAUAUGUCUCCUGAGAAGUUUACAGAAAUAAUGGACCAAAGAGAACAGUUCUACCACAAGGUGAAUUUCUCACCACUUGGUGAGGGUCCGUAG